AUGCAGCCUCGGGCUCUCCGUGUUCUCUUGAUCGGAAUUGGGUUAGUAGUUCAGACAAGCUCGAUUCCACUUUGCCAUAAAACUAAGUCGACGUCGAACCUCGACAUCGAGGACUCUCACACCCUAGCGGAAGUGAUUCGCGCUCCUCGUAACAGAGCGACGGCUCCUAGUUCGAAGAAAGCAGCUAGUAAAAUCGAUCACAUCGAGGAACAGCAGCAACCAAGAAAAUUUACCCUUUACUUGUUCAAUGAUCCUGGUCAAAGGUCACCUACGGUGGGAAUAUCUACUCCGCGUCUUAGCACUUAUCCAGCCAAGCUUGUAGAUGACGAUAAACUAGGCGCGGCUGGGAAUCCGAAAGAUGUAGAAAGCUUACUGGACUGCCACGAGGCGCUUGACUCGGAAGAAGGUUCUUCAAAGCUCAAAGAUCUAGAAGGGAGCACGAAUUCAAACACAGGCUCCCUAGAAAUGUCUGGGUUCUUGAUUCAUAAAAGGGACGUCUCCGAUGCGAAUUCGACAGCAACAGCAACAACAAGUUUAACUAUUACUGCGGUGCCAAAUCCAGCCUCGGUGCUAGAUGGGACUUCAGUAUCGACCCCAUCAUUGGUUCCAACCUCACUAGAGGCCUCGGUUUCAUCUACCUCGUUACCAACUUCGGACCAAGUUGAUGCCGACGAGGGUAAAAGCCAUAUCAGUAAUAUAUCCUUGAGAGUAGAUGUUCCCCCGAGCUAUUUUAUUUCGGGAAAGAUGGUUAUAGAAUGUAGAUCGUCAGAGGCCAAUUAUCAAUCUUCUAGAAACACAGAACCACGAUGGGCAUUUCUCGACUGGCCAAAUUUUCAAGAGUAUGCCUCAAGGGACAAAGCGAUGGGAUCCAUAACUAGACGCACUACGUCUUUGGGUUUAGAAGGAAGUGUAAGAAGGGGCUCAGGUGUCCGACAUGCUUGUGCCAUUCGACGCGCAUACCCGGAGGAAUGCGCAUUAGUUUAUGGAUGCUAUUGUACUGCGCAGCUUCACGACAACCCAGACGCAAUAACAGGGGCUUCGGUGGCGGAUUACCAACAAGCGUUAGAUAACUUACCGGAAACAAUUAAAAACUCUAACGAGGGGUUCCGGUUCAAUGCUGGUGCGCGCGUCGGCGGCUUGGAUAAUUGGAUUACCUUCACAGAUGCCCUAAGACUGUAUCCCACAGCCAAUCGUCCGGGCCCCUUCAGCGGAUUUGAAUUCAUCGCGGAAACCCCACCUCCGACUUUCCAGAGAACUAAGACCCCCGGUUCUGGUCGGGUGGCUGAUCCCUUAUUAUACGUGGAUGAAGACGACCCGGAAAUAGACGAAGCUGGGUUCCAGAACUGGUUCGGCCCCGGGAAUAAUAAUUUUGGUUACCCUGAACCCAAGUAUCGUGGAAGUACUUCUCAUCUCAAAGGCCCCAGGGACCCAAAUCAAGAUGAGUAG